GUGUAAAAACAGAGUGAUUGCUCAUGAUGCUAAACCAUCAUUCCACACAUCCCACAAAACCCAUCAUAAAUUCUCCCUGAAGACUAUCUUUUCUCCCCCUCUCUCUCUCUCUAAAAUCUGACACACACGCCGGAAAGGCGGAAAGCACCACCAGAAGAAUGACCUCACUCUGCAUAUCAAAGUGUGUGGAUGACGCCCGAGUCCCAGUCAGAGCCACCUACGUCAACCUCUACAAGUGGCCGGAAUCUGACGCCGAGUUCGUCAAGACGGUGGCGGCUGCUAAUGUGCGCGGGGGUGGCCAUGGAGGGCAGCACCAGCACCAGCACCCGAGGGUGGUGGACAGUAUCUCCUGCAGGCAGGUGUACCUUAGGAGCUACACCUUUUCGAGGAAAGAGACGGUGCCGGAGCGGACCAAGAAGUGCCUGGGUCGGGUCAAAGAGAGGGUGUCACGUGAGAGGAGGAGGAAGGGAAAUGGAGCACGUGGGAGUAGGAGGUGCGUGGUGGUGAGGAGGGUGAGGGAGCUAUCGUGCGCCGCCCUGUGUGUGAUUUUCCGGAGGAUGCUAUCUUGCACCGCCACGGUAGACGUUGUGGAUCAUAGAGACUAGUGAGUGAUUGUCGCAUAGCAUAACUAUAAUAUUAUACUCGUAAUAUGUACGUUUCUGAGUAUUUGAAUUUUUAUUUAUUUAUGUUAAGGGGAUGGGUGUUUCUGUUUAAUUUGUCCUUUGUUAUGUUUUGAGGGUUGAGAGAUGGUAACAUGUGAUCACAUGCUUCUUAAUUUGUAUCUUUCUAUUUUGACGAGUGGCUCUGUUAGAUAAUAACAAUAAUCUGUAUAACAACACUCGGCUCCCAUUUAUUUGUA